AUGUCACCACUACCGCCACUCACCAGCUCACAAAGAGCCAGCAUUCUUGCAGACGGCCACGGCCUCCAAUACCUCAAAAAUGCCACAGCCCCUGAUGUCAACCCAGGGUGGGUCGGGGGCUAUAAGCUGGGUGGGGGUUCUUACGGCGAGGUCAGUUUGUGGAUCAUGUACGAUCCCAUAACUUCUAAAGCUCUCAAAUACUGCGCCAUCAAGGAUGCCUUCGAGGACAAGCCUACCCAAGAGGAGGGUCUCUACAAGAACAUUUACCAGCAGCUCGCUCUCAAAGGCAUGGACUUUGGAGUAGAUCCGCAAAAUGAGAUUGGACAAGCUCACAUCGACAAGAGAUACUACAAGGAAGCUUAUCUACAAGGCAUGGUGACUGAGCCUGAUACCAAGGACCCGACGUACUGUGUCCCACUUUGGGGCUACUCAAGGAAAUUCCCUGGUCUCCGGGGCUCGGAUUUCAACCACUGGAGAUUGUACAUGCCUCUUUAUGAGUAUGGCACGCUAGACACGCUUAUAACUGCUCAUCUCGAGGAAGGAAGAGGCGUUCCAGAACCUUUCAUCUGGCACACUCUUUACUGCUUGAUGAGUGGGGCUGAGCAAUUAAGACAUCAAGCAGCGAAGCGUCAGGGAGCCACAUCUACGGAUAUCGUCGUCGUUUUCGACAUGAAGCCCUCCAACAUAUUACUCGCCCCACCCGACCAAAGUUCGACAUUUCCCUUGUACCCUCGCCCCCAUAUCGCGGAUCUCGGAGGCGCAUGUAAGUUUCCACUUCAAUACCACCUACACGAACCUUGCUUGAGUGCCNUGACGAACAAUGCGGACCCAUUCAAUCGCGAAGUCAGAUUAGACUGCCAAGUGACGCAUGGUUACAUACCUCCCGAGGCAAUGCGGCCUCCCAAAAACGGUUGGCUUUGUGGACGCUGGACAAACAUCUGGCAGAUCGGAAGAGUAGCCGAAGCAUUGAUGAAACUGAAGUCGCACUUCCAAGAUCUUCCAUUCCGUCCGGACAUUCCAGUAACAUGUGAACCUCAAAUCAUGAAUUGGCAAGGCCAAUAUCCCGGCCAAAACUAUUCUCAUGAAUUGAGAUGGCUGGUAUCCCGUUGCAUGAAGUUCAAUCCAAAAGAUCGUGUACAGGCAGACCGGGUCUUGUGGGCUCUGGAAGAGAAACCCGAUUUUAGACAACACUUUCAGCACAUGGAGACUUUUGGUAGCGAUGCGUGGUUCGAUGAGCAACAACGCAUACACGACGAGCAACAGCGCAAAGAAGCAGAAAAUGCAGCCACCCAGUCACCAAAAUCCACAACACCACCGACACCCGUAGAGGUCGAGGCCGCAAACGCCGCUCUAGCAAGAAAGCGAAAGCGCACCGAUGAAGCAUGCGCUUACCUGCGAGCUUGGGAGCGUGCUAAGCGAGAAAAGUUCCUCGAGCUAGGCGUGUUUCCAGACGACCAGUACAAUCUCGAUUACAAAUACGCAGACUUCUGGGUCGACCCUUUCCCAUUGAUCGAUGAAACCGGUGCUUUUAGACACCGCUUACAAUAUGGCGAGGACGAGGAUGGGGAACUUUGCCUCAGGGGUCACACUGGCGACCCUGCACAUACACACGCUGAAGAGCCGGCGUUUGCGACGGGUUCGACUGCUGUCGAAGGUGAUUACGACGAUGGCGAUGACCAAGAAGAUGAUGAAGACCGGCCUUACUUCUCGGCUUCUCCUCAUCCCUAUCCACAUACUUUUUAG